GCUUUCCAAGGAGUGGCCGCUGCACCUGUCCGACCUGUUCGGGGGAUACAUGACUCCAGAGGAAUUUCUUCCCGUUCUCCCGUCUUUUGUUCAGCAGCGAGUUUUCCUCUUUUUUUUCUGAGUGUGGACCGUGUGAGAGCCAGAGAAGAGGAGAAGGGGAGACAGACAGAAGGCUGAUAAAGAGAUGUCGGAACCAGCCGCAAACCCCGCCGCCACCUCCUUUCCAACGCCAACUAUCUCGUUACCUUUGGGACUGGAGGUGUUGAGGACCUACUCUGGAGUCCUUGUCUGUUUGGAAAUAUUAUUCGGUGGUCUGGUAUGGAUCCUGGUGGCCUCUUCCAACGUGCCCGUGCCUCUGCUGCAGGGCUGGGUGAUGUUUGUGUCCGUCACCGCCUUCUUCCUCUCCUCUUUUUACCUCACUCUGCUCGUCACUGGUUUGGCUGACCGCAUCAACACGGACUGGAACUUCUUGGAUGUCUUCUACCACUUUCUAGCUUUGCUGUUCUACUUUGCUGCAUUUGUGUUGGAGGCGGCAACCACAGCAGCGAACGGGGGAGCUCACAUCAACUCACUACCAAACAGCACUGACUCGGUCCUGUGCAUAACCUUCCCUCGGGGCAACAUUUUCACAGUGCUGAGCUACAGGGAGUACAGCAUUAAUGUGGCAGCCACGAUAUUUGCCUUUGUGGUAACUCUUUGCUACGGAGGCAGUAUGGUGAUGGGGUUCAAGAGAUGGAGGAAGUGACCAGGAGAAUGAACAGAAAGUAACAUUACAUCUGCAUUAUGAUGUCAGCAUGUCUGCCAGACAAAAACAACCCGACCAUUCAGUAAUUCAUCGACGUCCACUUUUGUUCAGUGAAGCACAUAAUGUAUUAUCUUCCUAAUGUGAGCCUUUUGUCAGAUAGCAAACCCUACAUCAAGCAAAAA